GCCGAAAGCAAACUCAGCGACAAGAGCAUCUACCCGACCUUCGCCCGGACGAUCCCGACCGACGACCUCCUGACCGAAGCCGUGUCCGUCCUCCUCGAGUACUUCAACUGGUACAACGUCAGCAUCGUGUCGUCGUCGGAAUCGAACCGCCUCAGCGUGAGCGAGAGCCUGCAGUUGAAGCUGCCCACGAAGAAUAUUCACAUCAGCGACGUCAAGAUCUACGCGAGCCCCUACAUCCCGCCCCUCUAUGAACCCGAAAACGGGGUGGAGCCUGAGAUGCGUGCGAUUGUCCGGGAGACCUACGAACACACUAGAAUCUACAUCUUUAUUGGCGAGCUUUGGGAGGUUUACGAACUUCUACACGAGAUGAUGUACCAUGGUCUCUUAGAAAACGGCGAGUAUAUGGUCAUCUGGGCUAACCAAGAGAACUUCGAUUACAAGCAACUUCAUCUCUUUCAGGGAGAUCCUUACCUUCGCCAACCUUCGAGGGAGGUCAUGAUGUACUACCGGACGUUGCUGGCGCUCUUUCUCUCUCCUGCUACCGAUCCGAGUUACGAUAAUUUCCAACGAAAGACCUAUAAAAAACUCCAGGAACCCCCUUUCAACUUUGACUUUGGAGAUGCAGUUGACGUUCUCGGAAUUCCUAUCGAGGCGGCCUACCUCUACGACAAUGUGUACAACGUGUAUGCUCCAGCACUGAACGAGACCUUGGCCGCUGGUUACGACAUCAGGAAUGGAACGGAGAUCCUGCGCAGGAUUUUGUGCAGGAAACAUGCUAGUAUAACGGGGCGACCAAAGUAUAUAGAUGCACGCGGUGACGCCUAUGCCGAUAUAACAGUGAUUGCGGUCAAGUUGGGAGAGGACGUCGACGAAACAUUCGGCUACAUCAUGCACCCCGUCGCCACCAUCAAAAUCACGAAUAGCACCCCGGAAGUAGAACAGUCAUGUCUUGGAAACGGAACAUCUUUCCAAUGGGUGUACGAGCCUAUCAACGGGACCUUCAUUCCGUGGAUCAGCGGUAGCGUGCCCCUGGCCGUGCCCACCUGCGGCUUCUACGGCGAGUUCUGUGACACACCCUACAGACCCAUCGUCGAGAUCGUCUCGGGUGUCGUCGGCGGUCUUCUUCUCGUCAUCCUCAUCGUUGCCAUCACCGUGUAUAGAAAUUGGAAAUACGAGCAAGAGCUUGCGAGUCUCCUGUGGAAGAUCGACUAUGCUGAUAUUCAAACUAAGCGGCAUAACGGAUCAACUAUAUCUGCGAUUAGUAAGCUGAGUCUGAUGACCACUGACAGCAAGAAUUCCGUGGACCCUUACAGAUGCCAGAUCUUCACUGAAGUAGGAACCUAUAAGAACAUGUUGGUAGCCAUCAAGAAGAUACACAAGAGACACGUCGACCUCACCAGAUCAGUGCGAAAGGAACUCAAAAUUAUCAGAGACCUACGUCAUCCGCAUCUUAACCAGUUCAUCGGCGCAUGUGUAGAUCCACCUAACAUUUGCACCAUCACAGAGUAUUGCCCUAAAGGAAGCUUACAGGAUAUCUUGGAAAAUGAUGAGGUCAAGUUGGACAGCAUGUUCAUUGCAUCAUUAAUCGGAGACAUCUUAAAAGGCCUAAGCUGCCUGCACGCCAGUGAAACGCACUCGCAUGGCAACCUCAAGUCCAGUAAUUUGGUGGUGGACAGUCGAUGGGUACUCAAGAUUACAGACUUUGGGCUCCACCAGUUCAGGAGCGGUAGCCGUCCGCCUGAGAUUGGUGAACACGCAAAAUACGAGAAGCUACUCUGGCGGGCACCAGAGCUACUCCGAGACCCCGCACCUAGACCAGAGGGUACUCAGAAAGGUGACAUGUACUCACUAGGUAUCAUCCUGUAUGAGAUGGCUACGAGGCAGGGUCCUUAUGGCAAGUGUGUCCUAGGACCAAAAGAAAUUGUAGACAAGGUGACUCACCCGCUGGACCCCAACACACCGUUCCGACCCAACGUGAUGGAGGUUGAUGACUGUCCGAACUGCAUGCUGACUGGUAUGCAGGAGUGCUGGAACGAAAACCCUGAUGAAAGACCGGAAGUCAAGACCCUCACCACAAGACUCAAGCCGCUGCAGAAGGGAAUGAAGCCGAAUAUCUUGGACAACAUGAUCGUCAUCAUGGAGAAAUAUGCUAAUAACCUGGAAGACAUCGUGGAGGACAGGACCCACCAACUUAUAGAAGAGAAGAAGAAAACGGAUAACCUUCUCCAUCAGAUGCUACCAAAGCCUGUGGCGAACCAGCUGAAGCGUGGGAUGCAGGUAGUCCCAGAGUCGUUCGAAUGUGUCACCAUCUUCUUCAGUGAUAUCGUCGGCUUCACCAGUUUGUCCUCAGAAAGCACACCGUUCGAGGUGGUCGAUAUGCUGAACGACCUCUACACGCUCUUCGACGAGAUCAUCAGCUACUACGAUGUCUACAAGGUGGAGACCAUCGGCGACGCUUACAUGCUCGUCUCUGGACUUCCUCUCCGGAACGAGAAGAAGCACGCGGCCGAGAUCGCCUCGACGUCGCUCCACUUGCUCGAAGAUGUGAAGGCCUUCAAGGUUCGACAUCGUCCGGAGGUCAACCUCAAAUUGAGGAUAGGCAUCCAUUCAGGAUCAACGGUAUCUGGAGUUGUUGGUCUGACUAUGCCCAGAUAUUGUCUCUUUGGAGAUACCGUCAAUACCGCAUCCAGGAUGGAAUCUAAUGGAGAAGCCCUGAAGAUCCACACCAGCUCAGAGACGAAGAAUCUUCUGGAACAAAUGGGAGGAUUUGUGGUGGAAGAACGUGGCCUUAUAAGCAUGAAGGGCAAAGGGCAACUGGUCACGUACUGGCUGAUCUCUGCCGAUCCAUCGUACCGCCGUAGCUCACCCUUCCGCACAGCAGAAGAAAACGCCACCGUAGGCCUUUUCGAUUCAACGCACGGGAACCACUCGAACCGCCAUUCUAAGAUCAGCGCGCAGCCGCAAAAGGAGCCAUUCGCGAAGCGAUUGGAAGCCGAUGGCCGUCCUGCCAAUCCCAAUGUGUGUCGUGACGUCAUGAAACCCUUUCCGGAUCAACCCGGCGUAGAUCGCCAGAGACCGCAUUCCAUGUUCGCACCCGGCAGUCACGGUGGCACACCAAACCACUUUCCCAACUCGACCCUCAUUGACUUCAGCCAGCUUAACAACUCGAACGAAAACUCGCCCAAAGUAACGGACCGGUUACUGGGACACCUCGACAGGAACGAUAGCGGCGAGGCAAAGGUUGAUUUGUCGUCGUGCACGAAUUCGCUGUUAGACAAGCGACAGAGGCUAAACGACAGUGCCUUGGACUACUCUAGCAGAAACAGUAACAGCCAGAUCAAGGAAGGGUUCCUUGACAACGAAGUGGAGACCGUCGUAUGAGGGCGCUGUAACUAAACAUUGACUGCAGAAGGAGGGUCUCCGCAAGAAACCCCCGAUAAACUCAUGUGACUUUCAAAAGCACAGUACUAUGUUAUUAUGAGUAAACUAUUACGGGAUGUUGUUCUCUUGUGUUGAUGCACUCACUGUUAUGCUUUCUUGCCGAACUCAUGGCAAUUGAUAAAAUAUUCUUCAGAUUUAUGCCCUGAUAUUGGAAACGGAUGACAGCACUGUUUAUGUUUUACCUGUGUAAUCACAUUCAUUGGAUACGUGUUUCAGUCCACAUAUAUGUACAUAUAUCCAUUUCGUUGCGAUUCGCGGUGAAUAAGUAUGGAGUGUGUAUGAUUAUGGAUUAACACAUUCUAAAAGUUUUAAUCCAUCUGCAUCGAAGAACCUUUCACUGUGGAAGACAAAAUGUUUUUAUUCUGUUUGUGAGCUUUAAGGAUUUCUUAACGACAGUCAACAACGACAUGAUAACUGACGCCCUCAUCGUUGAGCAGAAGUACUGGCCCUACGUGACCACCGAGACAAGAAG